UUCACUGGUUUUGAUUGUGUACUAUAGGGCAACAUUAAGUGAAGAGUACACAGGACCUUUUUUUAGUAUCUUUGCAACUUCCUGUAUGUCUAAAAUUAUUUUAAAAUCAAAAAGGUUUUUAAAAAGAGGACAAAAAAAAGAAUAAAAGAGAACUGAAGGGGCAUCAUCACAGGCAACUGGGGAACCCCCUUUUCAAUCUGGAGGCCAUACGUGAGGGGAGAUGGUGCUCAGAGAGCACAGGUUUCCGGCCUGGAACCUUUGGCUCAGGCCCUGGUCUCACCCUCCAGUGACAUCACAAAGCCUCAGAAGCCCCGCCGACCACGCAGCAGUUUUGCUAACGGAACUAUCAUCGUGUUUGUAUUGGAAGCGGUUGUUUGGCCUUGCUGAGCAAACGUCUAUGCCUUUUCCAUUACAUCCGAAGGAGAAUAGCUCCAUGUGAAGAACGGAAUCAGUAGAUGUUUGGUCGCUGUACCAUAUUCACUCCUAGGAUAUAACAAGAGCAAGCCCAAUUCUUAUGGUGGUGUGGGCAGUCGGCUUGCACCACGUACCUAUCUCGGCUCUUUUUGGAAGCUUAUGUCCUCCCCACAACUUCCAGCUUUCUUAUGGGACAAGGGUACACUCACCACUGCCGUAUCUAAUCCUGCUUGCCUGGUAAAUGUUCUCUUCUUCUUUACACCCCUGAUGACUCUGGUCACUCUACUCAUCCUGGUCUGGAAAGUAACCAAAGACAAAAGCAACAAGAACAGAGAGACACACCCAAGAAAGGAGGCAACAUGGCUGCCAUAAAGAUCUGGAUCUCUUGGUGGGGACUCCACUGAGGUGAAGACCUGAUUGUACAAGAGGCACGGCCACUGGAGCUGUCUCAGAGCCCAGAGCCAGGGGGGCCAGAGCUGCUUUAGCCACCCUGUUCCUCCAUUGCCAGAUGUCCCCCCAGGCCUCAUUUCCUUCCUCUGCCACCAUCCCUCUUAUAAUGCACUCCUCCUGCGGUUCUUUGGCUUGUCCCAGCUUCUGAGUUUGAAUGUCUUUUUUUUUUUUUUUUUUUUUUUUGUGGAUCUUCAAGACUGAAAUAGUAAAUGGCUCUUGAUUUCUGCACUAACAGAGGAAAGAAACAAGUACAUGGAAAAGUAAAAAUUGAUUACAAAGCCUAAAUUUUCCUCUAUAAAUUGGGCAUGUGCUGACUGUGGGAUAUUGAAAUUAUUGGGAGCUCACAGCAUCUCAAGUUAUAUAAUGAAGCUAUUCUGGAAGCUCAUUUCCAGAAGAUCCUUAAAAUGAAAUGGCUCACUCUAUGCUGAAUUGUAGGUACACUCCUUCCUCCUCUUCACUUAAUGCUGGGAGUAAAAUGUAUUUUUUUUUAUUAAGAAAUGAUUUGAAGUACCAUACAUUUUUAUCUCCUCUUCUC